UAUGUGCAAUGGUCAAGAAAGAGAUCCAAGAGUUAAAGCAGAACAUGAAGCACAAGAACAAAAACCUAUUAGAGUAAAGGAAAACCAUGUUAUAUCAAACCGCCAAGUUAGAUAUUGGACAGGAGAUAUCUCUAACGGUAAAGAGUUUUCAAAUAUAAUAAGUGAAGUUGCUUUAAUAGAUCAGGAUAUUAGUUCAACAGAUGUUGAAACAUCGGAUAGAGAUACAUAUAAUUUUAUACCUCUUUCACGGCCUGAAAAUCUUCAGUUCCUUGUCAAGCAGUUACCCAAAAGUUUUUAUAAUAUAAAAUUAGCAUCAUUUUAUUUUG